GGCACGCUCCGCUUGCUCCGGCUGUCACGUGACUCCAGAAAGAUGGCGGCCUUGACAGCGGAGCAUUUCGUGGCGCUCCAGAGCCUACUGAAGGCCUCCUCAAAAGAUGUCGUCAGACAACUGUGCCAAGAAAGCUUCUCCAGUUCAUCCCUUGACUCAAAAAGCCUCCUAGAUAAGACAUGUUCCAGCUUGUCUGUGCCCCAGGAGGAGGCAGAGCAACUACUCCAGGCUCUGCACCACUUCACCAGGCUGGUGGCCUUCCGUGACCUGUCCUCUGCUGAGGCGAUUCUGGCUCUCUUUCCGGAAAAUUUCCACCAAAACCUCAAAAACCUGCUGACAAAAAUCAUCCUGGAGCACAUAUCGACUUGGAGAGCUGAAGCCCAAGCAAACCAGAUCUCUCUGCCACGCCUGGUGGACCUGGACUGGAGAGUGGAUAUCAAAACCUCCUCUGACAACAUCAGCCGCAUGGCUGUCCCCACCUGCCUGCUCCAGAUGAAGAUCCAGGAGGAUCCUAGUCUGUGUGGAGAGAAACCCUCCAUCUCUGCUGUGACCAUGGAGCUGAGCAAAGAGACGCUGGACACCAUGUUAGAUGGGCUGGGUCGCAUUCGGGACCAGCUUUCUGCUGUAGCUAAUAAAUAAGGCAACCAGCUAUUGGCCUGCGAAGGUGUGGUUGUCCGCACAGAGGCUGACGGUGGGCAGACAGUGGGAUGGAGGGGCUGCUGCUACUCAGAAGGCUCAGUAGAGGAACGGAAGCCCACGCCCAUCGUUCCUCUCUUCUCUUCCUCCUGUUUUUCCUGAAGAUGAGCAGAAGCCUCCAUCUCUGAGAAGGCCCUGUGUGGCGCUAAGCUGCCCAGCCGUGGCAGUGCGAGGGAAUGUGUUCUUUAUCAGCCGCCUGUGUGUGCUGCUGUGGAGAGCUCAGGCCGGCACCGUAGCACUCACCUUGUGAGGUUACCUCCAGCAUUGGCUUGGGUGAGCUCACUUCCAGCCCUGGAAUACAUGGAGGGGAUUAGGGGUGAGGCCAGCAGUGCCUGCUUCCCGUCAGAGGGAAGUCAGCAGGCAGAUAGCAGCACGGUCCCCUCAGACCCUUCUCUGAGCUUGCAGCCCUGCUGGGCCACAGCUCCAGUUCAGAAAACUGGAACACACCAUUUGCCACUAUUCCCGGGCUAGGAAGUAGAAAGGAUUGGAAAUAAAUAACGGUGAUGGUUCUGACAGUCA